AAAAGAGACUCAUUUUGACCCAUAGCUAGAGUGAAAAAGGGACAACAUAGCAGUGAGUCAGUGGUAGUGGUGGUGGCCCUCGCCAUGGUGCUGCCACCACCAGACAAACGACAUGUCUGUCUCACCACCAUUGUCAUCAUGACCAGCAUGGCUUUCAUGGAUGCCUACCUGGUGGAGCAAAACCAGGGGCCACGCAAGAUUGGCGUCUGUAUCAUCGUCCUAGUUGGAGACGUGUGUUUCCUCAUAGUGCUCCGAUAUGUAGCUGUGUGGGUGGGAGCUGAGGUACGGACGGCACGCCGCGGCUACGCCAUGAUCCUAUGGUUUCUCUACAUCUUUGUUUUGGAGAUCAAGCUCUACUUUGUUUUCCAAAACUGCAAGGCUGACCGCAAAAGUCUGGAGACCGUAGCAAGGAAGGCUCUGACUUUACUCCUCUCUGUGUGUGUACCAGGCCUUUAUUUAGUCCUGGUGGCUCUUGACAGCAUGGAAUAUGUUCGGACAUUUAGGAAGAAGGAGGAUAUGAGAGGAAGACUCUUCUGGGUUGCUUUGGACCUGCUGGACUUGCUUGAUAUCCAGGCAAACCUUUGGGAGCCCCAGCGAACAGGUUUGCCCAUUUGGGCAGAAGGGCUGAUGUUCUUCUACUGCUACAUCCUUCUUUUGAUUCUACCAUGUGUGUCAUUAAGUGAGAUCAGUGUGCAGGGAGAAAAUGUGUCACCACAGAAGAUGAUGCUAUACCCUAUGCUCAGCUUGGUUACAAUCAACGUGGUCACCAUCCUCAUACGCGGCGUUAACAUGGUGCUCUUUCAGGACAGCCGGGUCUCCACCAUCUUUGUUGGCAAAAAUGUGGUGGCAAUAGCCACCAAGGUGUGCACCUUCCUGGAGUAUCGGAAACAGUCUCGAGAAUUCCCGGCACGUGAAAACGCAACUGGUAUUCCAAUGGAGAUCCAGCAGAACUCAGUGGGACACGGACAGGCUCUGCCGAAUGCAACAAGCCUCCCACAUGAACCUACGCCAGUGCAGGAGAUUAUCGACACAUGACCAAGUAACCAAUUAGAAUCGAGUCAUGAAGGCUCCAACCUGGCACAGUUCUACUUGAUGAAUGCAUGAGAGAGGGGACUUGUGGUAUUAUUGGUAUCAUUUCUGAGUAUUUGGACAGCUUUUCAACUGGGACAUAUGGAGGAAAUGAAAAAAAAACAUACAUAAACAAGCUGAAAUGUCAAGGUGCAGCAAAACAGAUUUCUACUGACUGAGCUGGCAUAUUUGAGCCAGAAUUUCCCUCUGUAAUGGCUGAGUGACAUCAGCUCAACUUGUUUUCCUUUCAAGAACAUAUGUGAGUGUGGGAUUUUUUCUUAUGCUGCAUUCCUUGCUGCGUCAGGUACUCACCAGAUAUCAGCAUCUCUCUAAAUUGGCUCCUGCAAUGUAAAAUGACUUUGGAAAGGUGUAGGAUUGAAGAAAGAAAGCAGCAAUUGAUUUACAACUGAGAGGAGGCUCUUUGGAAAUGUCUGGGGUUUUUUUUGCUAGGAUGAUCAUUUUGACAAGUGGCUAGUAAUUGAGAGUGUUCAACUGCUGCAGCAGUUGAGGCUUGUGGUUGUGCAUACAGGGAUUGUGUGGGCCAGUGCGAGGAUUGGAUAAUGACGAUAGAGUAAAAGAGGGACUUUGUCAAACUCAGCACAGAGAGAGACACAAAAAAAUCUUGAUCUGAUAAAACCAUUAUGAUAUAUAAUCUAUGUACAUUCCCUCACAAAAAGCCUUGAAGGUCAGUGAAUGCACUCACAGAGCUUAUUUGGUAAAAGCAUACGAGUAAACAUUAUUAUUAUUAUUAUUAUUAUUAUUAUUAUUAUUAUUGUUAUUAUUAUUAUUAUUGUUGUUGUUGUUGUUGCUGUUAUUAUUAUAUAUUAUUAUGUACUAGUGUGUGCGUCAUUUAUACAUUUUAUGUUGGAGGUUUAAUAAAAAAAGGAUACUUCAUCUCUGUGUUUGGAUGAGUGGGAGACUGAGAAAGACAUGCUAAAUGCUAAAGAUGUAACACUUCAUUUUAAGAAACCCAUUGUGGAUAUUGUGACCAAAAAAGAACAUUUGCCUGUCAUCUUCCUCCCACUGCAGACUACCAGUGUCAGUAUGGGCUAAAUACAGCACAUGUCACCAUCAUUUGAAUAAAUUCUGUCAACAAGAAGAGCAGAAAGAAAUCAAAUGGCAAACCUGCAAAAAUAAGAAAUUAUCUAUACCCCUAUUAGCUCACCUUUCCCAGCCUUACACAGCAAGGAAGCCUUUCGUAAAUCAUCAGGUCUGUACAUCCGAAAAUAAAUUGUGCUUCUUCUACAGGGUGGUAAAAGCUCCAUUCUUGCCCUCAAUGAUUUAUAUAUCAUCCAUAACCUCCUGAUAUAUUCAAUCUCAACACCAUUAAUUCAGCGCAUGUGGAUAAUGUGAGGCAGCGUUUCGUAUCUUG